AUGUGCAACGUGCACUGCCCACACGAAGAGAGACCCGACGACGAGAAAGAAGCGUUCUAUGCUCAGCUGGAGCAGGUGUACGACGGCUGUUCGCAACGGAACGACAAAAUCGUCAUCGGUGGCAUGAACGUUCAGAAACGGAAGGAACCAGAGUUUUUCCAUGAUGAUUCACUGAAGAAGGUAGAUUGUAUUCUGACGGCGGUCGGCGCAGACGAGGAAACUAUCUACAGCAAAUCCAACCUGCUGCAGACCUGGCUGCUGGGAUACGCGCUGACCGAUACGAUUACGGUGCUGUGCGAAAAGUCCAUUUUUUUCCUGACCAGCAAGAAGAUCGACUUCUGGAAGCAGAUCGAGAAGGACGGUGAGGAGGGCAUUCCGUCGGUGAAGCUGUUGGUUCAAGAUAAAAACGAGAAAGACAAGGCAAAUUUUGAAAAGCUGCUGAAGGCAAUCAAGAAAUCCAAGGAUGGCAAAACGUUGGGCGUCUUCUUCAAGGACAACUUCCAGGGUGAAUUCUGUGAAUCAUGGCGAGCCUUCGUCAAGGACAAGAGCUUCGACACUGUGGACAUCAGCAUCCCAAUCGGGUACAUCAUGUGCUCCAAGGAGGACUCCGAGGUUAUCACCAUCAAGAAGGCCUGCCUGGUGACGCAAGUGAGUGGAAGCAACCCUGAUCUCAAGGAUCACAUCAUGGAGAUAAUGGAUGCUGAUAAGAAAGUAAAACAUGCCAAACUGUCGGAGGGUGUCGAGCAGGCUAUGACGGACAAAAG